AUGGUUACGAGCGACCUCGCAAAAUCGACGUAUGCCGACAGGUCGAGCCAGCUUAUGGGAGCUGCGCAAAAGCUGCGCGACCUAGGUGCCCAAGCCUUUCUCGAUGUACCUCGGAUAGCUGUCAUCGGAGGUCAGUCAGCUGGUAAGAGUUCACUAGUUGAGGCUGUGAGCGGCAUUCGAGUGCCGCGCGACGCGGGGACGUGUACAAGAUGCCCUAUGGAAGUGAACUUAAUUAAUUCACCCGGGGCGUGGUCAUGUUACAUAACCCUUCGCAUUGAAUACGCGAUAUCUGGUGCCCGUUUGCCUCAGGUUUUGCGUAUUCCAUUCGGCCCGUGCCUUUCGAACGUUGAUGACGUCGAAUUGGCUCUGCGGCGUGCACAGACCGCUGUGCUGAACCAUCCAAAAAUGGACUCAGACACCUUCCUAUUGAAAUCACGAGAGGACCUCGAAUACUAUCGCACACCAAAUGCAUUCAAGGCAGGAACCUUAAAGUUCAGUAGGAACGUCGUUGUAGUGGACAUCUUCGAUGCCAGCUGUGCCAAUUUGUCUUUUGUUGACCUACCUGGUCUAAUACAAAAUGAUGAACCGGAAGUCGUUCAGCUUGUCGAAGACCUGGUGAGUUCUUACAUACAAGGACAUUGUCUCAUCCUAGUCACCAUCCCCAUGAGUGACGACAUGGAAAAUCAGAGGGCAAUGCGUCUUGCACUUGAAGCCGACCAGAACAAGUCCAGAACUAUAGGCGUCCUUACUAAGCCAGACACACUGACAUCUGGUGCAACCAGCGCACGCAACAAAUGGAAGGACAUGCUAGAUGGCAGCAACAAAUCCGACAAUCACACCCUUGCGAAAGGAUAUUACUGUGUGAGAUUGUCAGAUGACGCAGAACGAGCAGAGAAUCCGUCACGGGAAGAGCGGAAUGCCAUAGAAUCAACCUUCUUCUCGACGACUUCACCUUGGGACACUGUUCGGGAUCGAAGUCGUUUUGGAAUUACACACCUUGUCAAUGACUUGAGUCGAUUACUAACAGGGCUUCUUGAUGACAUGCUACCAACGUUGCGCAAGCAAUCACAAGAGCAACUUGAUGAGGCUCGUGCAGCUUUGCAAAAACUUCCAACCGCUCUUAAUGAUGUGUCCAGCGAAGUCUUAGAGCGUAUCACCAACUUCUGUCAAGAGUUCUCGGCGACAGUAUAUGGUACCACGGUUAUGUCGAGCGAAUUGCAGAUUAGAGGGCACUUGGAUUGUUGUGGCAAGUCAUUCAUCCAUCGUAACCGCACUUCAUACAAAGAAUUCAAACACGAGAUUCGAUCUACUGCGCCUGACUUUCGACCGUUUGAGGGUUAUGGAGAAUAUGACAAACCGAUAUUUUCAGACCCAGAGCGGUAUAACUCGAUUGAGGGUCUUGGGAAUGGCCCUCGCGACCUCCUCUAUGUGAGGAAAGUCAUACAAGAUUCGAUUGCGUGGGAACUGCCGAAUAAUGUUCCGUUCGACGCAAAACAUGCAUUGAUCGAUGAGCUUACUCGACAGUGGGACGAGCCGACGUCUGAAUGUUUUGAAGAAGUAUAUGAGAACUUAACGACGGUCAUCGGUCAUAUUCUUCACCGCCAUUUCGGUCGGUUCCGGAAGCUGAAUAAUCACAUGGAAGACCUGCUGAAGGAUCUGCUUGACGAGCACAAGGAAUCCGCCAAUUCAUCUGUCCUUGCAUUGCUGAAGCAAGAGAAACACCCAUUAUAUACACAGAAUGAGCACUACUUCCUGACCUUGCGGUUGCACUGGUUAGAAAGAUACACUAAUGUGAGGGCAAACCAAGACAUAUACAAGAAGAAUAGGCCCAUAGAAUAUUUGGAAUCAGUACCCCCUUCACCAGUUCCUAUGUCUAUAGAGUAUUUUGAAGAAGAGAAAUUAGCAAUGGCCAGUGUGCUCAAUGGACUUCGUAGACUGGGCUACACUAACGUGACAAUUGGCGACCUUCCUCGCCUGCGCACGGGUGCACGCGAUCCUUUCCACGAGGAACUAAAGGUGAUGGCUGACGUGAGAGCAUACUUCUUCGUCGCGUACAAGCGGAUUAUCGAUAACAUACCACUUGUGAUUGAGCACGCACUACAUCAGAGUCUUGCGGAGAACAUGAAGAGAACGCUAUUGCAAAGGCUUAACCUUGGUGCACCAGAUGCAGCAAAACGCCUUAGGAAUUUGAUGGAGGAGGAUCCAACUGUUGCACAAGAACGAGAGGCACUGACGUCCAAGAUUGCGACGUUGGAGAAGAUUGAAGCUGAAUUGCGCAAUCUGUGACGAUGCGUUGUGUUAAUCCAGGACCUCCAGAUGCAUAUUAGAGACUUGCGUUACU